GCGCCCAGACAAACCAUGUCAGUCGAGUUCACAGCUGCUGAUACUGUUGAAGUAAACUUGCUACUGCACAAUUAAAUUCGUUGUGAUCCGACCCGUUGUUGUUUCUGAUCAUAUUCACAAUUCUUUAAUCAGUUUUGCGCAUCACUAACAAUGAAACUCCUACGUAUUGUCCUUGCUGUAUCGGUUAUCUCAGCCGUUCGUGCAGGACCUGUUCCGAGUGCAGACGCAAAUAUUGUGGCGACAAUCUCGGAUUCGGCAGCCCAUAAGAGCGAGGCAUUUCUCGUCCGACCUCGACGUUGGAUCCUUUCUUGGUUGCUGAGCCACUCCGCCGCUAUGGACCACGCACAAAAGCGCGCAAACGAAUCCGCCUUUGCCUCCGACGCCCAAAUCUCAAACGACAUUUCCGUGACCGAUGACUCCGAGGAUUCUGUCGAGGCUCAUAAACUGCCUGGUACAGUGGCUGUGGACCUCAGCGGCGACACCCGCGUCAAUUAUCAGGAAGGCCGCGGCCGCAUGGGAGCCCUGGCAAGUGAGUCCGACGCAGAGAUUUUCGACUGGAACCUCUUGCAGGAGGACCGCAAUAGGAACGCGGGCGAGGAGAACCCACAUUAUUAUCAGUCGAACGCUGGACGCGACCGGUCUCCAUCAGCCCUUUCUCGGCCCACGGCAUAUGGACAGCCUUCAUCAUUGUAUGGUCAAAGGCCUGCUCGUCCGGCAUCUGGUAUCCUUGAGAGCUCACAAGCGUCCGGCCUCAACAGAUUUAACAGAUUUCCCAUCACUUUUGAACAGUCGCAAGCGUAUGCCAAUUCCGACCGACGCAGCUCGUCAAUCAUUAGACCAAUUAGAGCGUGAAAGCUAAAUGCUUCUUUCAGCUCAUGCGAUUCCAGUACGAAUUCCGGGACGUGUUUUUAAAAUUAUAAAUGUAAUCGCUAUUGACCAGAUGCGUCUUAACUAUUAUUAUGUUUAAUCAAUUAUCUGUUAUAUUGUAAUGGUACGACCCCGAGCUUAAGAGAGGCAGCAGUAAAUUAGAUUAUUAGUUAAAGAUAAAUAAAAUGCGUUAUUUAGAUAAAAGCGAGGGCAAGUUGAAAUGUUUUAUAGCGAGCGACGUACUAAAUUCAUUGAUUCGCGGGGCAAUUAGAACAAUGGGUGAUGAUACCCAAUGUUAGUCUUAUCUGUAUUCAUUGACAAGUCGUUGACAAACUAUCAUUGAAGAUGUGCAUGCGUCUGAACGUAGUAGCCAGUAUAUAAGUAUAGCGUUCAUUGGCGGCUUUCAUUUAUGUCAAUCGAAUUAUUUUCUUUUGUACUACAUACUGUAAGUAAAUUAUUUAU